AUGGAUUCUCGGGAAAAGAUCUCUGUAGAAAGCAUUAAAAGCCAAUUUAAUGAUGAUCCUUCUGAGCAGAAUGUUGAAGGAUUAUAUAAAUGCGAAGUUGCUCAAGAAAAUGAUUACAAAUUGAAAGAACAAUGGGAAAAUGCAUCCAAAGUUAACGAGCCUUUCCCAGAAUAUGUCGAUGGCUAUGAUGAAGACUUUUAUCAUGACGAUGCCGAUGAAGUAGCUUUAGAUCAAAUGUCACAGCUUUACAGAGAGGAAGAAAAGAUGAACAGAGCAGAUCGUCGAGAAGAAUUAAUGAAAUAUUAUGAGCAAUUCAAAGAAGACCAUAAAGCAGCUUUCCCACAAUUAUAUCAAAAAGUAACGAAGCCAAAGGCAUCACCGUCCAAGGCAAAGUCUGCUUCAAGGCCAGCACCAAAGAAAACAUUCUCACCAUCAGAAUCUGAUUCCUCAUCAGAGCCAAUAUCAGAACUUGAUUCAAAUGAUGCUGACGAUCUUAUCAUGAACUAUUCAAGUGAUGACUUAGAUCGUGAUGGCAUAGAUUCUGAAUCAUCAUCAGAUGCUGAAGAAAAGAAGCCAUCCAAAGCAGCAUCAACAGAAAAACCGAAGCAAUCAACACAUAUUUCAUACAACGAACUAUUAAAUGCAACAAUUUCAAGAACAAAGCUCAACCAUAUACUCAGCGACUUCAAGACAUACUUAAAACAGAAAGUUGUUAUCUUUAUUCACUUUAAAGACGGAGAUCAUAACUCAAUUGGCUAUCUAAAACAUACAUUUAACUGCCACGAGGCUGAUGUUGAAUGCUAUGAUAUUGUUUCUGAUAUUCAAAUCCAUAUUGCACCAGAAAACGUUUUGGACGAACAAAUUCCUCGUUCGUUAUUCGAAAAAAUACAUUAUGACUUAUCUCAGUUGUCCGAUGAUAUCAAACGCGGUAUCAAACUGCUCAAGAACAAUAUUGAAAUCAAAUCAAAGGAUAGCAAGGAUGAUGCAUUCAGCGAAUUAGAGAAAUUAUACAAUAUGGUCAUGAACGGCCAAUUACAUAACAUUUCUGGUUACAAAUUCCAACUUCAGGAAGAAAUUAAGAAAAUUCAAGAAGAAAUUGGAGAAAAUGAGUUGGGUGAUGAUUCUCAUGAUGAAGCAUCUGAUGAACUUCACACUAGAAUCGAAAAAAUGAAUGUUUGGCUGGCAAAUGUAGAAGAAAAACUCAGAAAACAGCCAGAUCCAAAAGCUAUCGUCGACCAUCCAGUUGUUAUUCCUAAGGACAAGAUGUCUGCCUUCGAGAAGCUCUUAACUCAGCAAAAGAAGCCAAAUCCGAAGAAAGUGGAUACUGUGGUCGAUCAGCAGUCUCAGGAGAAGAAUUAUAAGGAGAACCUUAAUCGUUUGUUUGAUGAUGAUGACGAUGAUGCAUCCGGAAGCUCGGAUUAA